AUGGGAAAUCUCCAAGCUGACAUGUUGCUACAACAUUUCGCACACCCAGAGCAUUUGCUAGAAGUAUAUAAUUCCAACAUGGAAUACGAAUGUGAUGGUUGCUACAUGCCUGGUAUAGGGAAAAGAUAUCGCUGCCAUGGUUGCGACUUUGAUUUGCAUGAAUACUGUGGAUUAUGUCCACCGUUUCUUUCUUCUUUCAUGCAUUCUCAUCAACUUAAGCUCAUCAAUUUCAUGCCGCAAACCAAUAGCGAUCUCGUCGGCUUCUGCGACGUCUGUUGCGAUCCUGUUGAAGGCCUUUUCUACCGGUGUAAUCGUUGCAAUUUCGACGUCCACCCUCUUUGUACUCAGUUGCCUCAAACAAUACGUCAUGUCCUACAUCAGCAGCAUCGUUUAAGGCUUUUGGGCCCGUAUGAACCAGCUGGGAGAUGUGUUGUUUGCAGAGGAGCAUGUAACGCUUCUUCAUGGCCUUAUAGGUGUGCACAGUGUAGAUUUGAUAUUCAUCUUGAUUGUGUGUUGGUUCAAUGUGAAACGAGAAGGACACAACGAGGAAUCCAGACGUAUGUUCCACCGUCUGCAUUCCCUCAGCAACAGUAUUUUAGUGGUCAUGCUAAUGGAGUUAGUUCAUCUUACUAA